AACAAGUUUUGAUAGAAAAGUCGCUGACAAGCAAGCUUUAGCUUGUGAAGUUUGAGAGAUAGCUUGUAGUAAUUGAUCCUAUUUUUUUUAGAGAACAAGACAGUUAUAGUACUAUAACAUGGCAGUGAUCGCAGUUCACCUCGAAUCAGAUGCUUUUUUGGUUUGCAUGAAUCAUGCAUUAAGUACCGAGAAGGAGGAAGUAAUGGGACUCUGCAUCGGGGAGGUGGACACCAACCGCAUCGUCCACAUUCAUUCUGUUAUUAUUCUCCGACGCUCGGACAAGAGGAAGGAUCGCGUAGAAAUUUCGCCUGAGCAGCUGUCUUCAGCGGCAACCGAAGCGGAGAGGUUGGCUGAAAUGACUGGACGGCCGAUGCGUGUAGUUGGUUGGUACCACUCUCACCCCCACAUCACUGUGUGGCCAUCACAUGUUGAUGUGAGGACACAGGCUAUGUAUCAAAUGAUGGACCAGGGCUUUGUUGGGCUGAUAUUCUCCUGCUUCAUUGAGGAUAAGAACACAAAAACCGGUCGAGUUCUCUACACCUGCUUCCAGUCUGUCCAAGCCCAGAAAGGCUCUGAGUACGAGAGAAUCGAGAUCCCAAUUCAUGUGAUUCCACACGAGGCCAUUGGGAAAGUGUGCCUUGAAUCAGCAGUGGAGCUUCCCAGAAUCCUUUGCCAGGAAGAGCAGGACACCUACAGAAAGAUUCACAGCUUAACUCAACUGGAUCCGAUCACGAAGAUACACAAUGGCUCAGUCUUCACUAAGAACCUGUGCAGCCAGAUGUCUGCUGUGAGUGGUCCCCUGCUGCAGUGGCUGGAGGAUCGUCUGGAGCAGAACAAACAGAACAUCAUUGAGCUGCAGCUGGAGAAAGAGAGACUAACUCAGGAGUUGGCAACCAUGUGAGAGGGAGAGAGUUAAGAAAUAGACACGUGGGCCUACCGAGUGGCGCAGCGGUCUAAAGCACUGAAUUGCAGUGCUUGAGGCGUCACUACAGACCCAGGUUCAAUCCCGGGCUGUGUCGUAGCCGGCCGCGACCGGGAGACCCAUGAGGCGGCACACAAUUGGCCCAGCGUCGUCCGGGUUAGGGGAGGGUUUGGCUGGCCGGUAUGUCCCAUUGCGCUCUAGCGACUCCUUGUGGUGGCCUGGGUGCAGUGCACGCUGACUUCGGUCGCCAGCUGUACUGCGUUUCCUCCGACACAUUGGUGCGUCUGGGUUAAGCGAGCAGUGUGUCAAGAAGCAGUGCGGCUUGGCAGAGUCAUGUUUCGGAGGACGCAUGGCUCUCGAUCUUUGCCUCUCCCUAGUCCUUACGGGAGUUGCAGCGAUGGGACAAGACUAUAACUACCAAUUUGGAUAUCACGAAAUUGGGGAGAAAAAGGGGUAAUGUUGACAUGUUCCUCAUAGUGCCAUAGACCUAACACGAGAGCAAGUGACUAAGUGAAUCUCCUCAUUGCUAACUGAAUGCCACCACACACCUUAGGGAGUGUUUUCCUGUCAUCCUCUGUGUAUUAUUAAACACUACUGUAUUUACUAGAACAUGUCACUAUUUCUCUUUAUUUUAGUUCCUUGGCUCCGAUUAUUGGAUGUGUUUUUCCAUAUUGCUGAUAUAUUUAUAUUUUGAAUGGAUGGUGCAAUGUACUGUGAACAUGAAAGGAUGUCCCGUGUGAAUUGCCAAUUCAAAAUGUGACAACAUAGUCUAUCCAGGUAUUUGCUUAUUAUAAAGUUAAAAAAAAAAGUUUUUCAAUUUCUAUGUUGCAAUAUGUCAUGCUUUAUUUGUGCUCCAAGUUAAAUCAAAGCCAUCUACUUUGACAGCUAUUGGAUUUCUUGUACUUAUGAAUGUUUUCAUAAGGUAUUUCAUGGAAAUGUUCCAAACCAUUAGCUUUGUCCUCUCUUGUAGAGUUUUGAGUCCUGAGUGAGGUAUUUUGUCUGAAAACCUCAAAUGUUGAUUCUCAUAGAAGGGCAGAGGGACAAUUUGUAAAGAACUAUUUCAUACGAGGUGGGGGAGAUGGGAUAUUGCUUCAUAUCCGUUUGGAAAAUACAGCGUUGUUAGCUAAACAAUGUCUACAUGUGAAUGUAUGGUGUAACCAUUGUAGCUUAUUUAGCAGCCAUUGCUUAGUCAUUGUGUGCCUUGUCAUGCUUGUACAGGUUCUGUUGUUUUGAGGGAUUAAACAGAUUUUUCUCUUUAUGA